AUGCCAUUCCCUUUUGUCUAUGUCUGUGAUCUCCUUGAAGACCUGGCUCGUCUGUCUAACCGCGAGUCUCCCCUGCUGCCGAAAGUUUUCCAUCAUGCCGCAACCGAAACCACUCUGAAGUGGCUCAAGCUGCAUCGCAGUCGCUUGGAUGCUGCUGCCACGGAUGAUGAUGCCGUGAUCCUGACUUUGCAGCCAGAGAAGAGGACUGACCGAGUCUACGAGGGGCUGGAUUCCUUCGGGUUGGAGCAGGUCAUUGCAAGGGUAUUGAAUCUUCCAAGACGUCAUUUCCAGGACUUGCAGAGAUGGCGGCAUGAACCCGCCAAGGGAGAUCUCGCAACGUGUGUGGAGCGGGUAAUGAAAAAUAUGGCUGCUGAGAACCAACGUAUAGCCACCAGUGCUCAGGCAAGCGCGGUGACUGUCGAGCAAAUUGAUCAAUCCCUGCUCCGGAUUGCUUCCCAUAGCAGUGGCUCCUCUGCAGAAGUUAGGUCUUUGGCCUUGGAAGACGAGGACUGCGAUGCGAUAGAGAUUCUGGGAAAUUUUUAUCGACGUCUAACGUCCAGAGAGGCCAAGUGGUUGACUCGUCUGAUCCUGAAGGACUACGGCCCUGGGAUAAAAUUCCCGGAUAGUUUGAUAUGCAAAGCGAAUCAUUCUUUUCUCCCACGGUGCGUCCAAGUCCGCGCUGAGUUUUCAAGUUCGAUACCACCAUCCCUUCGUCGAGAUGGCCCAGGGUCGCUGCGACUGGCAGACGCUGCAAAGUCUACCAGUAAUCUUCUACCGACCCCACCCGCUACGGCUCCAGAGCCGGUGCACUCCACCUCCCAUAAAGUUGCUCUUGGAACUCGUCUGCUUCGUUCACCAAGUACGAAGACACAGGUGUCGAUAUCACCGACAGAACGAACCACUGAUCAUGGGAGUCCCACUCGUCGUUCGAAACCCUCUGAGCUAAGAUUGAGCCCACCGAUAUUUAAUGGGGGUAGAAGUAAAUGUCAGCUGAGUGAACAAACAUGCCCACUCGCCAAUUGCCUUUUCAUCCUCGCACCAUGCAUAGCAACCACCCCGUGGCUGACUGAGAACCUGCUCCCCUGGCAUGGGUCUUGCUUUAUCACCUCUCUACAAGCUCUCUCCAGUCCAAACUUACCAAGACGAUGUCCUCAAACCGGUAAGAAAUACAGAAAGAUAGCUCUCGUCGAACCAAAUAGGCCGGAGCAGACAAUUGAGUUCUUGAAAAUGAUCGGCCGUCUCAACUUGACAAGAUCCCGUGGGAAGAAGCAAUGGGUUGAGGUCUAUGAUUGGCGCAUCUUAGAAUGCAUUGCAAAGAUUGAUCGAGGAAAGAAGCUGGACUAUAAUCCUUGGCGUCGAUGUUGGAUGGGUGCUGUGUAG